UUGCAGUCCCUUCAGACAUGGCUUCGAAAAGAGCGUUGGUGAUUCUGGCAAAAGGGGCAGAGGAAAUGGAAACUGUCAUCCCCACCGAUGUUAUGAGAAGAGCUGGGAUCAAGGUGACUGUUGCAGGCCUAACUGGGAAAGAACCGGUGCAGUGUAGUCGAGAUGUCCUCAUUUGUCCUGAUGCCAGUCUAGAAGAUGCCAGAAAAGAGGGACCUUACGAUGUCAUUGUCCUGCCUGGAGGUAACCUUGGAGCUCAGAACUUGUCAGAGUCUGCUGCUGUUAAAGACAUCUUGAAAGAUCAGGAAAGCAGAAAAGGCCUGAUUGCUGCUAUUUGUGCAGGUCCUACUGCCCUCCUGGCACAUGGGAUAGGAUUUGGAAGCAAAGUCACAACGCAUCCUUUGGCCAAAGAUAAAAUGAUGAAUGGAGCUCACUACUGCUACUCUGAGAGCCGUGUGGAGAAAGAUGGGAACAUCCUCACCAGCCGUGGCCCUGGUACCAGCUUUGAGUUUGGGUUGGCCAUUGUUGAAGCACUGAUGGGGAAGGAAGUGGCUGAACAAGUGAAGGCACCCCUAAUAUUGAAAGACUGAAAUGCUGUUGUGGGACAUGGAGUAGAACAAUUUCAGGUGGAGAGUCUCGUCCUGUAGAGUAACUGAAAAGAUGCACGAUGUAGUUGAGGAUGAAAUUAGCAGCUGUACUCACCUGAAUUAGAAUAUCUUACCAGUUUUUAUUCCUGGAAGAAAAUCCUGUUAGCAAAAAACUUUAUCAUCAUUAGCAUGAUUAGAUAAUUAACUUAGCUCUUGGCAUUUCAAAAUCGCAUGGACAAGUGUUGCUGAUUAAAUAAAAACAAACCAACCUUGA